AUGAAACUUGUCCGAUUCUUAAUGAAUCUCCCCAACGAAACGGUGCAGGUGGAGCUUAAAAAUGGUACUGUGAUCAUCGGAGACAUUAUCUCAGUUACUCCUACUAUGAACAUGAACCUCAAAAAUGUCAAAAUGACGGUUAGAGAUAGAAAUCCGACGCAGCUAGAAUACGUCAAUAUCAGAGGUAAUCAGGUGCGGUUGGUUAUUCUUCCGGAUGAGUUAAACGUCGAUAAAGUUCUUUCCGAGUCAAUGGUUCGACCUAGAAGAACCCCUUCCACACUUCCUCCCCGUGUCGUUACUAAGGAAAGAGUUCCCAGAAGGAGAGCUUUCUGA